AUCGCGCCCAGUGUUAGACGUACUCGGCCGCCUUCAUCCGCGGAGCAGUGCGAAAAUUACAUAACCUCCGGGUGCAGCAAAUAUAGGAGCACCACCUAGGCCAUAAUGUUUAUAAUAACGAUCUGUGUCUUCAUACAAAUCCUGGUGCACUUCCUCUGCGGUUGCUAAUCAAAGCUUUCCCCAUCCGCAGCCCCACAACCAUGCGUCUAU